GAUUACGGACUCAAUAGCGCCAUGAGACAAUACUGAGAGCAGGGGGAAAUCGAGUGAUUCCUGGUAAGAAAGAGAAACCCGUUGUCCCCAUUGACGGUCGCUGCUCCACUGUGUUCCUUCCAUUUCUCGCCGGAAUUAGAGCUUAACCGUGGAACAACAUGCCGCCGUUUGGGCGAGGCCUCUGCGCACUCCAAGCUCUACUCCGGGGAUGACAGCCUCGUCAUGCUCGUCAUCGACACAAACCACUUCUUCUGGGCUGCCACGGCGCUCCCCUUCACCGACUCCUUCGCGCGCUCGAACUCCCUCCUGCUGUUGGACCACGUCAACCGUGUGGUUAUCUCGUGGCGGGAGUCAACUCGUGUGCUUGCACCCUGGAUUCUAGCGACGCCAGCCCUCCGGUGGUGUGGCCAUCUUGGACACCUUCGCCAGGACAAGCCGCAAGGCGGAGUUCUUUGCUCUGGAUGCGCGCGCCAGUCGAGGUACCGACGACGGAGGUGGCGGCUGUUGCCGCAACGGACUCUGUGGCUGUUAGAUUCACUUUGGCGGCCACGAUUUGAGGAGAAGAACAGUUGGUUCAGGAGGAGCCACACAACGAGGAGUUUGAUCUGAUCUAGGUGGCGUUUCUCAGUUGACUUUAUGGCGCCAAAGGAUGAUCCUUAGUUCGUUUUAUAUUUAUCUUUUAUUUUGUAAGACUUCCGCAAUGUAAUAAGUACUCUGAUGUUAUUGUGACAUUUGUCUCUAUACACUGUUAUUAUAUAUGUUGUC